AUGACAACUCAUUCAUCAGGAGACAUCAGAGUUUUUUCUCGUGACUUUACGUCAGAGAAAUUUCAGCUAAAUGCAUCAGGAUUAAUUUGCUCAGCAAAAUUAGCGGCAAACCAAAUUGUUGCCGGGGGAAAAGAAUUAGCCUUGCGAGUGUGGGAUAUAAACAACCACGGUUCGCCAAUUUUCACUGCUAAAAACGUCCGCUCUUCUGUACUGGAACUUUCUGUCCCCAUAUGGAUUGCUGAUAUUAGCGUUGUACCUAAGUCUAAUGGAAAGCUCAUAUUAACUGCCUCGAGAUAUGGCGAGCUAGACAUAUACGACCUUCGAUGUGGCCAACGUCGACCUGUUGCUCGUCAUGCAUGGCGUACAAGUCGCAAACAUGGAAAACUCCAUGUUGGUUCCGGAAAGCACAGUGCAGUGCUUCCGGAUUUGACCACUACUAGACCAAUCACAAAAGCAGUAGCUUACGAUAACUCUCCAGGCAUAGGAUUACGUGUUGUUGCUGGGAACGCAGUUGGUGAAUUAUCUGUUUUGGAUUUAAGACUCCCUCCAGAAUAUUCUAACUUGAAUUCCUCCGAUGGCCCCGGUGUUAUACCAGUUAGAAGCUACGGAUCUCGAGCACCUGACCCACCUUCUGGUGUUCGAUGUCUUGCUGGAGCUUCAGGUUGUAUAACGCAUUUAAUAUGUAGUGGAACUGAUGAAGAAAAUACAUUUCCGUUCAUGGAAGCAGCUAUAAAUAGUGAACCAAUCAUUGUCGCAUCUUCGCUAGAUCGGUAUUUGCGACUUUAUAAUCGCGAUACUGGAAAGCGUCUUGGAAAGAUAUAUGUUAAAGUCCCUGUAACAUCAUUUCUUGUCCGUAGAAAUGCAAGCUUUGCGAAUAUUGAGAACUUUUUAAAGAAAGACAAUGAUACUGGUGUUUCAAACGAAGAAGAAAAAGUUGAAAGUUCUUACGGCAUAUCUAAGACAGAACAGAAAGAAUUUGAAGACUUGUGGAAUCAAAUACCAGUUGUUGACAACGAUAAUGACGGUGUUAAUGAAGGCGGUAAAAGGACCACUGGGCUUAAAAUUGGUAAACGGAGGCGCAAGAAGUAG